CAGGCUUCCAGCCGCGCUUUGGAAAAUCGUGCCAGCCAAUCAGGUCGCCAGCGGAUUUGGAGAUUUCCAACAUGAUUCGACCUUCGGUGGCUCUCCCUAACCGUCUCCCACUGCGAAUUCUCAACGUGCGGUUGUGUCGCAUGUAGUGCAAACAUGGAAAGCCUAUCGCAGGCAGAAACUCCUCGAAUCAACGACAUCGGCUUUUCCCUCCUUCACGAUCCAGAAGAUGCGGUUGCAGACAUCAUAUUUGUCCACGGCCUGCAAGGCCAUCCGCGGCGAACAUGGACCUGCGAGAAGAUCUCUAGGACGGGACCACAGGGUUCGGGAGGCGGCGUCGGCACCUCGCAUCGAACCAUGAGGAAUCUCUUUUCGCGGACAUCUAGACAUAGACAUGGUACCAAGGGCUCGCACAAGCUUGGAGCAGAUGGGGUCUUCUGGCCACUUGACCUUCUUCCGGAGGACUGUAAGAAUUCACGGAUCCUCACAUGGGGAUAUGAUUCAAUGGUCUCGCACUUUUUCAGCGGGCCGGCAAACCAGAGCAACAUAAGCGCACACGCCAAAAAUCUGCUGCAGGCAUUGAAGCUCCGCAGAUUGAAUUGCGUCAGUUUCUCGAACCCUUUUGGCGGCGUUCGACUAAUCGCGAACCAGCAAGGCCGAAGCAUCAUAUUUGUAGCACAUUCUUUUGGUGGGAUCAUCGUGAAAGAUGUCCUCUACCGCGCCGCCACAACCACUGAACCGGCACUGCUAGAUAUAUACAACUCCACGGAGGCGAUACUUUUCCUUGGAACACCCCACCGGGGUAGCAAUAAAGCUGAAAUUGCAGAAGUGGUCAGAAAAAUUGUUUCUGUAUCAGGAUUCGACACAACAAACCGGAAUAUUCAGGCACUUCAAGUGAACAGUACCGAAUUGGAGCUGAUCCAUGAGCUCUUUAUGAAACUGUAUGACCAGAUGAAUCGACACUUCAAGGUUCUGACGUUCCAGGAAGCCAAGGGUGUGGUCGGGAUAAGCUAUAUGAGUCUGAAUGAAAGGGUCGUAGAGCCUUUCUCGUCUUCGAUCACUACGGAACCAACGCAAACCAUUAACGCCAACCACAUGUCAAUGUGCCGAUUUCCAAGCAAAGACGAUGAGGGGUAUAAACAGGUGUCGGGAGAAAUCAAGAUCCUCAUAGCCGAAAUACAGCAGAAGAUGGAACAGGGUGCAUUUGAGAGGGAAAGAUUGGUUGUUGAAGCACAGGUUGGGUCUCCGAGUCAAGCGACGACAACUUCUACGUCAUACUCUCUGAACGAUGUCGAAAGAAAAUGCCUUUCGCUGCUAACUCAGAACACAUCAAAUGCGGCAGAAUACAAGUCCUCGCUUCCCCGCCGCGUAGAGGGUACUUGUCAAUGGAUUUUGUCAGAUGCGCAAUACCGUGACUGGAAUGUGCAAAAUGAACCUUGCCUUCUUUGGAUAAGUGGAUAUCCUGGGAGUGGAAAGACAAUCCUCUCAGCCUACCUUCUGGAAUACCUCACCACAGGGGAACGUUCGCCAAGCACGCGCACAACCCUAUGUUAUUUCUUUUGUGACGAAAAGAGUAACACCCAGCGGGAUGGCUUGGCCAUUGUCAGGAGCCUCAUUCUUCAGCUGUUGAUGCGACGCCGAUUGUUAGUCAAGCAUGUGAAGGCUGCGUACGACUUCUACGGACCCCAUUUUGACCAGAAUUUCCAUGAACUUUGGAGAAUAUUCUUAGCCAUUGCAAGUGACAAGCGGAUUGGGACGGUAAGCGUCAUCAUUGACGCCAUCGAUGAGUGUGAGCAGACAACAAGAGAACGCUUCUUACAGGACACGUUACACCUCAUUCGCAAGUCAAAUUCUAAUGGACCACAUACUCCUUGCAUCAAGUUCCUUAUCACAAGUCGCCCUCGAUUGGGACGUCUGUAUACUACGAAUCUUCUGCAAAUCGAUCAGCACCACCUCGAACAAGAUUUAAGGCUUGUAAUACAGACGAAAAUUGAAAUUAUCGUCCAACGAACGCAAUGCAAGCCUGACGUGAGGAGAUACCUUGAGAAUGCUUUGUAUUCCAAAGCAGAUUGCACUUUUCUCUGGGUGAAUCUCGUACUUCAUCUCCUGGAAAAGAGUCUUUUGGCAUCGCAACAGGAUUUCAAGCGUAUCAUCGACGAAUUGCCAAAGACUUUGACGGCCACAUACCAACGUUACCUCCAAGCUAUCCCAGUUGAGCACCAAAUGCUCGCCACUAGGUUAUUGCAUUUCCUCGUCGGAAGCUUAAGGCCUCUGACUCUAGACGAGAUACAAAUUCUCAUCGCAAUACAGCACCAUCAUGGUAGGCUAUCUGCCGUAGAGGAGGAUUCUCAGCCUAACGUUCGGGAAACAAUUGAAGGGGUUUUAGGCCCACUAGUGAGGGUCUGGGACAAUCGAGUCCAUCUCGCCCACCAGUCGCUAAAGGAAUUCCUGAUAGCUCUCGAAACCCAAACGGACAGCCCACUCUCUGCAAUCUACGGCGUAAAUUUAGGCAGGGCAAGCUUGCUCAUGGCCGAAGCGUGCGUCUCUUAUCUGUUGCUUGACAACUUCAAGCAGGACCUGUUCUCCAUAGAUGAAUCAAGCCCUGGAGUCUCUCCCGCCUCCUCCGCCGCAGUCUCCGCCGAUGGAUCCACCGGACAGUCUUGGGACCCGUUUCUUUUGGAGGAGGACUAUUUGUUCAAGGAGCCCCUAGCGCUUGAGGCAGAGGCUUGCGCGUUCAUCGGAACAAAAUACACGUUUUUUGACUAUUCCGCUAGACAUUGGCCAGAACAUGUCUCCUUGGCCGGCUCAAUGGGGACGCCCGAGCUCCAAAAUUUAGUAAUCUUGUUGUCAGAUGCCAGCAGCUCUCGCGGCAUGAAUUGGCUAAGGGUCUAUUGGCUUCAGGCUGAGAUCGAUCUGUCAUGCCCUCAAGAUUUCGUUCCCGCUGUGACCGCAUGUUACUUCGGCCACUCGAUAUCUCUCAAAACCAUCUUACGCGAGAGAACUCCCAUCGAGACUGAAGUAGGAUUACGUGGUCUACAUUGGGCCGCGCGGAACGGACACCAUCAGGUAGUAGAUCUGCUUCUUGGAGAAGGGCUCGAUCCUGAUUUGAAGAUCCUGAAUGGCCAAAAUACAUUCAUCGCUGCGGUUUCUUUCAAUCGCCUGGAAGUGGUAAAGCGUCUAUUGAAAGAUGAGAGGCAUGUUCCCCAACAUGAGGAAUCCCGUGUUAAUCAUAGCACGACGGGUGGCCGGACACCUUUGUCUAUUGCAGCUGGUAACGGCUUUGUCGAAGUUGUUGCAGAGCUCCUCCAACACAGCCUAAUCAAGCCCGACAUAGCAGACUUCAACCAUUGGACCCCCCUCUUCUGGGCUGUACAUGGGAAACACCUGGAAGUACUUAAGUUGCUCCUUGCAGAUAACCGUCUCUCUAUAAAUCACGUGGACGGAUUGGGCCGAAACGUCCUCUCUUGGGCCGCUUCAGGAGGCGAGCUUGAGCUCGUAGAAUGUCUGAUAGGUCUGAAAGACCUCAAUGCUAACGAAGUAGAUCGAACUGGCCGAACACCGCUAUCUUGGGCAGCAGGAAACGGACAUUUGCAAACGACCGUUUGCCUUCGGCGCAGCCAGCGCAUCGACUUGUCGAAAAAGGAUAACGAGGGGCGAAAUGCAAUUUCGUGGGCCUGUUCGGGAUGCCACCACGGGGUGGUUAAAUAUCUGAUUAAGCAUGAUCGGCAAGGUGCUGAUGAGGCAGAUAUCGACGGCUGGACGCCGUUAGCAUGGUCUCUCUUUAGCCAAAGCCCAAAGACUGUGCAGGUGCUUCUUGACUCCGGCCUCGUGGACGUAAAUAAGAAGGAUCAAAAUGGCCGGAGUGCCCUCUCGUUUGCAGCAGGUUACGGCUAUCUAGAGGUUGUCAGGUUAUUAUUAACUGCCGCGGACAUCGACAUCAAGAGCGAAGACAACGAUGGACGGACACCCCUUUCACAUGCAACGGCAUACCCGGAGAUAGUAACAUUAUUGCAGUAACAACACGCACAGGUAUUGAAAACUUGGUUUCAGCCACCAGAUUCAGAAGAAUUCGUGAUCGAGUAUUGGAAUUCCUUCGCUUAUUCCUUCGACCUCUCAAUAGAAGUUGUUUUGGGUUUCCGAGUAGUGGAUUGGUGGCUUGGAAGACCAAUGUGUGACCAAAGUGACCGGUCAAAUUACUCAGGUCCUGAAUUUAUGGCGUUUUUCGACCUACUUUUGUUACUUGCAAUGAGAAUUUCAACUGAGAGGACGAAAGGAUCUCAUUUAAAGGCUAGUAGUUACAUAGCUAAUAUCAAAGUUCAAAGGUAAUAUGAAGCUAUAAUUUAACUACGACCACAGUCGGAGAGCUGAGAACAAGACGC